CACCAGUCCAGCUGCCUCCUCCAAUCCCACUUCACACAGCAGCUGAGCGCUGAGCAGACAUGGACGCAUCCGAACUUUAAAACUUUUUGGCUCUUUUCCUCCUCUCCUCCCCCUUUAGCCUCGCCUCUCCUGCCGUAUCUGAAAGCUCCCCUCGCCGGCAGACGCAUGGAAAUAUAAUUUUUGCUCCAAUUUACAGUCAGUUGGUCAAGUCUGCGACGUUGUUGUUGUUUUUCUGCUUGUUUCCCAACCCCCCUUUUUUGGUUUUUUGCUCUACUCAUGCGUCGGGAAUGCCAUGGCCACUCCGAGCGCACAGCAGCCGCAGCAACCCCAGGAUUAUUUCAGAUCGGUGAGCAGCGAGUCCACCGCCUACAUGAUGGUCUCAACCGGGGGUCCGAGCAGGACGGGGCGCAAGGAAGCGCCGUCCAAGAUGUGGCUGGCGAUGGUGGUGAUUGUGGUGGUGGUGCUGCAGAUUGCUUCCACCACUGGGCUCUUUGUGUACCUGAACAUGUCCAUAUCACAGGUGCGUAGCCAAGGAGUGACAGAGGAGUUAAAGUGCCUGAGUUUACUGAAUGCUCUGGAUAAGGACCAGGACAUCCCAGACCAGCUGGCUCAGCUCUUUGGAGAGCCCUGCAUCAAACUGGCUGAAGGCAUCAAGGCCUACAUCUCAAAGGUGACAGAGAACAUUAUCUCCAAACAAACAUUCAUUGAGGCGAGAACUAUGCCUCGAUCUUUCAACAGCUCAAAGUUCGGGGGCUCCGUGUCCCAGAGGCCGUCUGCCCACCUGACUCUCAGAGACUCCAGCCCUCAAGGUUACCCUCCCUACCAGGUCUCCACGGAGGGUCUCCACCAGUCCUGUCGUCAUGUGGUCCACUCAUGGGCCAAUCAGAGCUUUGGAGCUCACCUUCACAACAUGACCCUGACCAACGGGAGGCUGCGAGUGCCUCAGAACGGGCGGUACUAUCUGUACUCACAGGUGUAUUUUCGGUAUCCAUCCCCAGCAGCAAGUGAUGGGGACCAGCGCAGCAUUAGCCACCAGCUGGUGCAGUGUGUCUACAAGAAAACCUUCUACCGAAGUCCCAUACAGCUCCUGAAGGGGGUGGGAACCAAGUGCUGGGCUCCAGAUGCCGAGUAUGCCCUCCACUCUGUCUACCAGGGGGGGCUUUUUGAACUGAAGGCCGGCGACGAGCUCUUUGUCUCCGUCUCUUCUCCCACCAUGGUGAACACAGAUGAUUCCUCCAGCUAUUUUGGAGCCUUCCGUUUGGACCUCUGAGAGCUCUGAGAGAGAAGGGGAUGAGAGAAGAUGCAACAAAGAGGACUAAGGAUGGAUAAACUGAUGGGUUGGAGACGAAGAGGUUGGGGCCUUGAGAAUAUCCAUUGUGGAUAUUGGCACUCUUGGACAGAUGCGUUUAAGGCUGGAAGUUUUGGGAUUUCUAACAAGUGGCUUUAACGCUGAAUGCUGCAAGAGGAUGGGGUGAAAGGGAAAAGAAAAGAGGGGAUUUUUCAUUUCUAUUUUGCAUUAAGAGAAGAACAAGAUUAUUGAGAUUCAUGUGCAAUCAUUAAUGUGAGAAGUUUUUUAAAAGUUAUUGUUUGGAUUUUUAAAAAGUAAGCCACGCAGAAACAAUCAAGACCCUCCAUUAGAUGAGAUCCUCCCUCCUCCCAAAACCAGGAAAAGUUGAGCACCCACCCUUCCAAGUCUACAUCCCCAUUAACACGUCAAUCUCAAUGCUUCUCCUUUUUAACCUUUUUCUGUGAGAAGCAAUCAAACUUAUGGAUUUCCGAGCCAAAGAAUGUACACAUCGAUCCUCUGCAUCGAAGAUGUGAGGAGGGAUUGUUGAACGGCAGCAGGAGAAAAUCGAAUGAUCAAACCAAAGCAACAAAAGACCAAAACCAAAAGAACUUUUCUAAGCACGCCAUGAGAGUACUGUACAUACGGCUGAGAGUGAGACUAAGACGAUUUUUAAACUAAUUCAUAUGUAUUUUUACUUUGACUAGACUUCAAACCACUUGGGUUUUCUGUGGACUGUCUUUUCACAACACUAGAACUGUGGAUUUUAUGCAAACACUUUUAGUGGGGGAUAAUGAGUGCCUUGUCUGUAACAAAUACUGUAACAAACUGGGAAGAGGCAAGAGCUUUCUGAACGAGAAAAGGAGUGAAAACAAGGAGGGAGACGUCUUGCAAAGGCCCAUGAGAAUGAGUCCAGUAAAGGAAGAUAAGACAGACAGAAAGGACAGUGAAGCGAAGGGUGGCAUGCAGCUUGACUGCUCUCUUUCUUUCACUGCCUUUCUCCCUUUUUCACAUAAGCAGUUUAUCAUUGUUUUUCUCGUCUAACCUGUGAAGCUGCAUUUGUGUUUUAUUCUGAGGAUCAGCUAAGCAACCGACCACAAGACAACAGACGUAUGAGAACCUGCUGCUUGUAGAAAGUUUCACCAUAACAAAUAUUCACAGUGAUCAUGGAUGAAAAGUUGUUUGAUGACCUAUUAACUCUGUUCACUGCAUGUAUGUUGCAACCUACCAGUAGGACUUCCCCAUUGAUGUACAGCAAUUUAAGCUCAAUUUCAAUUCACUUCAAAACCAUUUGAGUCUCAAAGUGCACUGAAGAUUAGGAGGUUAAAGACAUAAAAAAUGUUGACUUAAGCCCACAGCUCCACUGUUUGAUUCUGUCUCCAUGUUUUGCUGCUGCUACAUGGUCACAUACUCCACACAGAGCAUUUUCAAGCCAAGACUUCCUCCAAACCUUUAGCUUCUUCUGAGUUGCCAGUACCCACUUGUGAACACUUUAAAACCAGAUUAGAGUUAAUGGAGGGUAGUUGGUUUGGGCUUUAGACAUCUUGUUUCACAAGGUACAUUUGACACAGAAACUAAACCAACUAUUGGUUUGAUAUUUGGGUGAAUACAAAUAUUUGAUUUAAUGUGAAAUGUUUUGGGAUUUUUUUCUCUCUCUCUUUAUUUAUCAAACCUGGACAAGGAUAUAGUUUGACUGAUCGAUUUAGGGAUUAAAUUAUACCAAACCUAAUUCACACCAGAUUAGCUUGUCAGGUAAAUUACUUGGUAAAUGGCCUGUACUUAUUUAGACUUUAUUAUUGUAAAAUGUUGGCUCUGACUAAAGCAAAGUUUGACCAACGUAAGUACGAACAUGUAGAAAUCCAAUAGCAGGGAAAUCGGUUGCUAGUGCUAGCACCGCUAGUGUUAGGCACGCUUAACGAACAAUCAAAUUAAGCAAAUAUAUUUGACUGUGCUCAGUUUUGACCAUUUUCUUUCUAAAUUAGCAUCAAUCUGUUAAUUAGUUCUUAGGAAAUUCCCCUGAACUGCACGGAGCCAAACUAGCCUUUUCCUCCAUGACUCCACUUGUAGCAUAAAGCUAAACUGAUCGUUUUAUAUAUGUAGCUUCAUGUUUUAAUUACAAGUUUAUGUUUUUCCUUCUCUCUAAAUGACAGCAAUAAUUAGAAAGUAUUUUUCCAAACAUGUCAAAUCAGUGUUGGUUUACUUCAAACUUCUAACUUAGUGCCCAGAUUCAGCACAUUAAGACCUGCUGUCUUAAUGUGCUGAAUUCAGGCCCAGGUAAAAGCAGGAAUCCUGUUUCACAAUGUAUAACAUUUAUUUUACUGUGAAACCACCAUAAACUUAAUUUCUUUUUAGUUUCAUUGUAGUAAGUAACAGAGGUUACAUAGUUGUUAAUCAGGAACAGAGCUUAUUCAGUCUAUCAGUGCUGAGACUGAGCAGAAACACAACAAGCCAACUGAACAUGGCUGUCAGCCGCCUAGAAACACCUUCACACACCCACAAACACAUGCAAAUGUUGAGGUUAAAAAAAAGAUUAAAUGCUGAAAAUUUGGAGUCCUUCCACAGAUGUCAAGCAGAAAAAAGUUGUACAUUUAGGAAAACACUGACCAGAAAAAGAAAUAGGCUGCAGACGCAUAAAGAAAGAUUUGGAAGCCGCAAGAUAUUUGCAGAUAUAAGCCAUGCACCGCCUAGCACAGACUCCCCUUCCACUUCCCUCUCUGGUAUGUGCACAUGUAUGCACAUUAAAGGCACACACACAUCACCUAACACUACAUCCAGACUAGAUGUGCUGCACAGACACACACAUCAUCCAGUGUCACAUUCAGUACGAAGACACAAACAAACUCUGACACACACACUCAUUAAUCCAUGCUGUCCAGCCUCCCCCUGCUGUCUGGUUGUUGUCAGUGGUCAGGCGGACUGUGUGUGUCUGUGUGUGUGUGUGUGCAUUUACAGUAUGUUUUUCUCAAAGGCUUUGUUUCACAAGGAUAAUUAAGACAAUGAGGUUAAACAAAUUAAAAUACACCUUUCUGAGUCUGUGCACUCGACCCACAAUUUGUUUUCCCUACAGAAAAGGAUUAGUCUUAUACACACACACGCGCGCGCGCAGAUACACACACGCACACACACAUACAGUACCAGUCAAAUGUUUUGCACUUUCCCAUAAAUCUAACGGGAAAGUGUGUUACAAGUAAAAUUUAUGCUUAUUGGUGGAGCUUUAAAAACGUUUAUUGUUCCACCCGAAGCACUAAAUGGAAGUUAAAUCCCAUUUUAGCUUCUUCUUCAUGGUUGAUACUCUAUCACAUCAUACAUACAGACUUUGUUCCCCUUCUCUGAACUUGAGACUCAAUCUGUGUAUUUCCAUCCCGGGUAAAUAUCACCCAAUCAUGAUGAUAAUUAACAGAGCCAAACAUAUUGUAACAGCAUGAUUUCCCAGCCCAGCUGCAAAAAGCAAAAGAAAAAAAAAACCUUUGCAUUGAAUGUUUAUGAGCUAUGUUUGUACUGGAGAGUUUUAUACGUAGCUGUGAACAUGUGUUGCACAGUGUUGCUGAGAAAAUAAACAUAUCUGAACUUUCUCAGUGUAUGUGAACAUUUGCAAUAUGUUGUGGCACUAUGCUGGUUUAAAAAGCAGUAAUGAAUCCUCCCUCUGAUCUACAGUAAAGGCUGAUUCAGAUGUCAAAUAAUGUGUCAAUGACUUUAAGGGUAAACUGGUCAAAACCGAUACUGAUAAAUAAACACACCAUGAACAGUAUUUCCUACAUCACAGUACAGUUUAAUACUGUUAUUAACUGAGCUAUGCGUUCCCCUGGAUGUUCUCCAACCAACCCCUUGGACUGAGGACUUAGGAAGCCUGUCUUAAAAUAAUUCCCCACCUGCUGCAGGUUCUGGUUGGAGCAGCAGCAGAGCUAUCAUCUGCAGCUGCAAAGCUGGAGCCUCUUCAAAGCAUGAAACCCUCAUAAUUCAGAGACAAAUGAUAUCGAGCUGCAAAAAAGUAGAGACACGGGAGACUGUGGCUGAACAUAAGAAUACAAUACUAACCUAGAGUAGCAACAAUUAUCAUGAAUGUUCUUUUUUUAUUGUAGCAGAUCACCAUUAAUAAAUUAUUCAUGGGAAACAGUGAAA